AUGGUUGAUGUCCUUUUACAACACUUGAAAACCUAUGAAGUUGCUAUUCAGACAAAAGCAAAUGUAUUCGUUGUAUAUGGAGAACCUCCAUCUUUUCAGAUUGUGAGGAUAUUUUUAUUUCUAAUAUCCUGUAUGUCAUGGCCUCCUCUUGGUAAAGUGUGGAUUGUUACAUCCCACUGGGAUUUCACCUCAUUGUCCUUUCAAAAGACAUGGGAUAUGCAAACCUUCCAUGGUUCCAUAUCCUUCACUGCUCACUCAAAUCAGCCACCAGGUUUCCAAAAGUUUAUUGAGGAGAUAACACCUUUUGGGGUGAAAGGAGAUGGAUUUAUCCAGGACUUCUGGGAACAGGCAUUCAGCUGUUCAUUAAAGAAGCAGGAGGAAGAUGAAACAGAAACAUGCACUGGGGAGGAGAAGCUGGAGAGCAUUCCUGACAUGGAUGUCUGUGUCAAAUGUCCAGAAGACCAGUAUCCCACCAGGGACCAAAGCCAGUGCAUUCCAAGAGCUAUAAGCUACCUUUCUUACAAAGACUCGGUGCCUAAAAACUACCAGCACAUCCUGGCCUUAGCAUUUGCUGUCAAAGAGAUCAAUGAGACUCCCACAAUUUUAUCAAAUGUCUCUCUGGGAUUCCACAUCCUCAAUAGCUACUACACUGCAAGAAUGACUUAUAAGGCCACUCUGAGCCUACUUUCUUCACGACAUAGUUUUGCCCCCAACUUCAAGUGUCAUAAGCAGAAUAAUCUGAAAGCUCUCAUUGGAGGAUGUAUUUCUGAAAUCUCUGCCAAUAUAGCCAUUGUUUCAGGAAGCCUGAAGAUUCCACAGCUCACUUAUGGAUCAUUCUUGCCAGCCCAGGAUGAAAAACUGCUAUUCUCUUUUUUGUACCAGAUGGUCCCAAAUGAAGCCCAACAAAACAUAGGUGUUGUGCAGUUACUUCAGCAUUUCAGGUGGACAUGGAUUGGACUCUUUGCUGUGGAUGAUGACAAAGGGGACAGGUUUUUACAGACUAUGGUGCCAAUCCUUUCCCAGAAUAGCAUCUGUUACGCCUUUAUACUCCAUCAGUUUCUUAAAGGUAUUUCAUUCAAUAACAGUGCUGGGGAUACUGUAAGCUUCAAUAAAAAUGGAGAAUUGGUUACAGGAUUUGAUAUUACAAACUGGGUAAUGUUCCUCAAUGGCUCGGUGGUUAGAGUCAAAAUUGGAAGGCUGGAACCUCAGGCUCCUCCAGGCAAACAGUUAACCAUUAAUGAUGGUCAAAUUGUCUGGCAUCAAAUAUUUAAUCAGGCGCAGCCUCUUUCUGUGUGCAAUGACAACUGCUAUCCUGGCUACAGCAGGGGGGAAAAGGAGGGAGAGAAAUUUUGCUGCUAUGAUUGUGCUCCGUGUCCAGAAGGGAUGAUCUCUGACAAGAAGGAUAUGGAUGAUUGUGUGAAUUGUCCUGAUGAUAAGUAUGCAAACAAGGACCAAACUCAGUGCCUCCCCAGGGUGCCAAGAUACCUCUCUUACAAAGAAACUUUGGGGUUCAUUUUAGCGAUCUUUGCCAUUUCUUUCUCUUUAAUCACUACUUUAGUAUUUGGAACUUUUGUGAAGCACAAGAACACUCCCAUAGUCAAAGCCAACAACCAGACCCUCACCUACACCCUCCUCAUUUCCCUACUCCUUUGCUUCCUCUGCCCCUUCCUCUUCAUUGGACAACCUGGAAAGGCGAUCUGCCUUUUCCAACAAUCAGCUUUUGGCAUCAUCUUCUCUGUAGCCCUUUCCAGCAUUUUGGCCAAAACCAUAACAGUGGUUCUAGCAUUCAUGGCAACGAAACCAGGAUCCAGGAUGAGAAGAUGGGUGGGGAAAGGACUGGCAAAUUCUAUUGUCCUUUCUUGCUCCUCCAUUCAAACAGGCAUUUGUACUCUUUGGUUAAGUACUUCCCCUCCGUUCCCAGAUACGGACAUGCACUCAAUAAAUGGCAAAAUUGUAUGGAAAUGUAAUGAGGGUUCAGUUACCAUGUUUUACUGUGUAUUGGGCUAUAUGAGCUCACUCGCCAUUGUUAGCUUCUUUGUAGCUUUCCUAGCCAGGAGGUUGCCAGAUAGUUUCAAUGAAGCAAAGUUCAUAACCUUCAGCAUGUUGGUCUUUUGCAGUGUUUGGUUAUCAUUUGUUCCGACUUACCUAAGUACCAAAGGAAAAUACAUGGUAGCUGUGGAGACCUUCUCCAUCUUAUGCUCCAGUGCUGGAUUACUGGUUUGUAUCUUUGUUCCUAAGUGCUACAUCAUUAUACUGAGGCCAGAGCUGAACAACAGGGAGCAGCUAAUAAGAAAAGCAAAAUGA